AUGUCUAAGGAAUUGUGUGAUAUAAUUAAUGGGGCUGAUAAUAAUUUUGUUGAUGAUCCGAACAAACCGAGAGAACAUGAUUCUAUGAGUUAUUAUAAUAUUUAUUGCCUUGAUAGUGAAUGUGAUACUUAUGACAAAAUAGUUAUUUCUACUUUUAUAACAUUACUAAAUCUAUUUGAUGGUAUUAGUGAUGAAGAUUUUGAGAGUGAUAAACUUGCUGAAUACGCUAUUUUAUGGUUAAGUCACAAAUUAAAUCAAAAAACAGAAAGUGAAAUCAUCACAUUAAACAAUUUUUAUACUUUCUAUAUAGGAGACAAUAGUCAAUAUAAGGAUAAUAUAUCUACUAUUAAAAAGAUUAAUAAGGAUAUUAUAGAAAAACAAAUAAGCUCGAUGGAUAUAGAUAUUAAAGAUAUAUCUAAUUUUUAUGAUGCAUUUAAAUCAUUAUGUAACAUGUAUAGUGAAUUUGAUCCAGCAAAAAGUACUGAAUGCAAGACAUGUUUAGAAAAUGCUGGAGAAUUGUUUGAAAAAUAUGAAAAACUUAAAAAUGCUUUAAAUAUUAAUAAAGGAAGUUCUUAUUAUAAACUAUUGUCUAGUUUAUCAAAUGAUUAUAAAAUUUUUGAAAAUAAAUAUAAUAAUAAAUGUAAUAAUGACUCACAAUUUGUAGCUUGUCCACGAAGUUCAGUAACAAAAAACAUAAUAAUUCCAAUUGCAAUUAUAUUUGUUGCAGCAUCAAUUUUAUUGGUAGUUUCUUAUAAGUAUUCGUUAUUUGGAUUUCGGAAACGAGCUCAAAAACAACAUUUAAGAGAAAAGCUAAAAAAAUAA